AUGGAGCAUAGAUUUUAUGCCGACGACAUUAAAUCUGUUAGCGACGAGCUGAAUGGGGCUAGAUCUUCUCCCCAGAACGAGAUUCUUGAUGUGAAAAGCGACCUGCUGUCUGUGUAUCUCAUGAAUCUUGUUCUGUACAAAGAGAUGAGCGAAGAGGAUAGAAGCGGAAGUCCGGUAGAGGAGAUGCUGGCCAAGGUGACCAUUCUUCUUGAGAAGAUAUGCUCUAUGGAGCGCAAGGCCGAGGCCCUUGCCAGGACGCCGCAGGACUCGGAGGACAGGGGCGACAAGAGGGAGGAGAGCUCUGCAGAGGACGAGAAGAGAGUCAUAACAGACAAGAUGAAAAGAAACAGGUUUGUUAAAAAAAGAAAGGCAGAAGACAGAAUACCAAGGCUCAAGUACAAGAACAAGGCCAGGAGACUUGCUGAAAGAGCAGAGGUCAAAUGCGACAGAAACAUAGAUGCUAGCAAGCCCAGCUUCAAUAAAUUUGGCUAA